AUGAUGGACAUGUCUCCAGUCGGUGGCAAAGAAGGACAAUCUCCUCCUAAUUCUAAGAAAACAUCCAAGAAACCAAAAUAUUCAAGAUUCUCGCAACAAGAACUUCCUGCAUGGAAACCGAUUCUAACACCUGGAUGGGUCAUUUCUACAUUUACUGUCAUUGGAAUCAUCUUUAUCCCUGUUGGUCUUGCUUCAUUGUUUUCAUCAGAGAAGGUGGAGGAAGCUGUAUUUAGAUACGACGACACGUGUCUUCCUUCUUCGGAUGCUGAUAAUGCAGUUGCAUAUAUUAAAAGUGCUACCACUAACAAGACCUGCACCCACAAAUGGACUGUCGAGCACAAAAUGCAAGCUCCUAUUUUCAUCUACUAUCAACUUGAUAACUACUAUCAAAAUCAUCGCAGAUAUGUUAAGAGUAGAAGUGAUAAGCAAUUGUGGAAUAAAGCAUCUGAGAGUGACACAAGUAACUGUUCUCCAGAAGACAAAACAAAAGGAAAUGCGCCGAUUGUUCCUUGUGGCCUUAUUGCAUGGAGUCUGUUCAAUGACACCUACAAAUUUUCCAUGAACAACAAGGAUUUAACUGUCAACAAAAAGAACAUAGCAUGGUCAAGUGACAGAGGUUCUAAAUUUGGUCCUAAUGUUUAUCCUAAAAAUUUUCAGAGUGGAGAAUUGAUUGGAGGUGGAAAACUCGAUGAAAGCAUACCUUUGAGCGAACAAGAGGAUCUCAUUGUGUGGAUGCGAACAGCAGCACUGCCAACUUUUCGAAAACUGUAUGGGAAGAUAGAGACUGAUCUUGAAGCUAAUAAUGAGAUCGAAAUAGUAAUACAGAACAAUUAUAACACAUAUGAAUUUGGAGGUAAAAAGAAUCUAGUUCUAUCAACAACUACUUGGAUUGGUGGGAAAAAUCCCUUCUUAGGGAUGGCAUACCUUGUUGUUGGUGGCCUAUCCUUGUUCUGUGCCAUAGGAUUCAUUCUUCUGUAUGUCAUCAAGCCAAGACCUCUUGGAGAUCCAUCCUACUUGUCUUGGAACAGAAAUCCAGGGAUCUUAAAAUAAUGUGCUAUGACUCCCAUUUCUAUUUAUUUUUCUGUGUACCAGUUCUUUGUGUGACAAAGAGGCUCAUUCUAGAAUUGUUUAUUUGUUCUUGACUAGGUGACCACCAUGGAACAUGAGUGUAUAUAAAGUUUAUCAAUCCUUAUACAGAUAUAUUAAAAAUUUUGAUCUGAAAAUGAUACCAAUAUUAUAUACAAAAGAAAAAAAGGAUCGAUCACUCGAUCCAUUUGACCGGUUUUUUUUACGGCUUAAACAGGACGAAUUGGUGGAUUGAUGUCACAUACAAUCAUUUUUUUUUGGUUAGAUGCAUUGAAAGAAAUGAAAGCACAUUUGGUGACACUAGAAACAAAAUCACAACAGAAAUCCAAAGAGACACUAAAUUUCAGACUAUUUGGUGAGCUACUUUUAUGAUUGAAACUUGAAGGAGUUCCAUUAAUAGACUUGCAAUUAAUGUUAUAUGAUAAUUCAGGAAACGGUUAAGAUCAACUUCAUUAACCAUGAUGUAAUAAUUUUAGAA